UCCAUCUCUAUCUUUCACCUAUAAAGUCUUUUGUUGCCAACAUCAAAACCGGUUGGGAUAACAAAACUCCAGAUCAAAAAGCUUGUGAUGAGGAAGCCUGAUCUCCCAGGGAAGAACAACACAAACAAUGGCACUAACAAGCUCAGGAAGGGCUUGUGGUCACCAGAAGAAGAUGAAAAGCUCAUGAGUUACAUGUUAAACAAUGGGCAAGGUUGCUGGAGCGAUGUCGCCCGGAAUGCCGGUCUACAGAGGUGCGGCAAGAGCUGUCGUCUUCGUUGGAUUAACUACUUGCGGCCGGACCUUAAGCGCGGCGCCUUCUCACCCCAAGAAGAAGAACUCAUUAUCCAUUUGCAUUCCAUUCUUGGCAACAGGUGGUCUCAGAUAGCCGCGCGGCUGCCGGGAAGGACAGACAAUGAAAUAAAGAAUUUUUGGAAUUCCACAAUAAAGAAAAGGCUGAAGAACUCAUUUUCUACUCAAUCUCCAAACAAUAGUGAUUCAUCUGAGCCUAGAGAAGGCAUAGGAGGGUUUAUGUCAUUGAGUGAACAAGACAUCAUGGCUCUGUGCAUGGACUCAUCUUCUUCAUCUUCUUCAUCAUCUAUGCAGGCAAUGGCAAUGAGAAACCAGUUUGAACCAUUACCUCCACUCAACAACUCCUACAAUCUCUCAGGUGCUCCAGGAUAUUUCAAUGUGUCUACAAGCUUAUCACAAGUAGUUGGCACAGGAGAUGGAUAUUAUGGAGGUCAUGGCUUCUUAGGAGGUGAUCAUAUUAUUGGUGUUGAAGGGGACUUAUUUGUUCCUCCCUUGGAGAGUGUUAGUAUUGAAGAGAAAAAUACUAUAACUGACAACACCAUCAGUAAGAUUAACAAUAACAUCAACAACUGCCACAUAAAUGAAAUUAACAACAUCAUCAACAGCAGCAACAGCAAUAAUAAGAAAGUAGAGAAUUUGGUUGAGAGUGGAAAUUAUUGGGAAGGAGAAAACUUAAGAAUGGGGGAAUGGAACUUGGAGGAUCUGAUGGGAGAUGUCUUUUCUUUCCCUUAUCUUGAUUUUCAAGUUGAAUAAUUGGCUACAUCUCCUAACCCAUUUUUCCUUUUUUCCUCCCAGUAUAGAAAAAAAGACUUGUUGAGACACUUUUGCUUUCCCAAAAAACUGCUCAAACCCAUUUCAUAGAGGAGAUCUAUUUUUCAAAAUAUCAAAUUACCUUUAUGGUCUCCUGUAUUCCUUAUGUCUAUUCUAUGUCUCUCAAAAUAAUGUAGGUAGUUUUAGCCAUG